GCUUCAAAGCUCAAACAGCAAAUGGCUUCGCCUUUGCCUUCAUCUCUCUCUCACUUCUCACUCCUCUCCAAACCCGCCCCGCUCCCACACCAAAACCACCGCCUCCUCCUAGCCCCGACCCGACCCGGAUCUUCCGGGCUCCAAUGCCGCGCCGGAACCGGGUUCUUCAACCGCCUCGGCCGCCUCAUCAAGGAGAAGGCCAAGAGCGACGUCGAGAAGCUCUUCUCCGGCUUCUCCAAGACCCGCGACAACCUCGCCGUCAUCGACGAGCUCCUCCUCUACUGGAACCUCGCCGACACCGAUCGAGUCCUCGACGAGCUCGAAGAGGCUCUGCUGGUAUCGGAUUUCGGGCCGAAGAUCACCAUCAAGAUUGUGGAGAGCUUGAGGGAGGACAUUGUAGCUGGGAAGCUCAAGUCUGGAAGUGAAAUUAAGGAGGCGUUGAAGAAGAAUGUUCUCGAUUUGUUGACUAUAAAAGGGAAAACUGAGCUUCAGCUUGGAUACAGGAAACCGGCUGUGAUUAUGAUUGUUGGGGUUAAUGGAGGUGGGAAGACAACAUCUCUUGGAAAGCUGGCUUAUAGAUUGAAGAAUGAAGGGGCAAAGGUAUUGAUGGCAGCAGGGGAUACUUUUCGAGCUGCUGCCGGUGACCAGCUGGAGAUAUGGGCUGAGAGGACUGGCUGUGAGAUAGUUGUGGCGGAAAAAGAGAAGGCCAAAGCAGCAACAGUUAUUUCUCAGGCUGUGAAGAGAGGGAAAGAACAAGGUUAUGAUAUUGUCUUAUGUGACACCUCCGGACGUCUGCACACUAAUUACAGCUUGAUGGAAGAGUUGAUUGCAUGUAAGAAAGCUGUAGGAAAAGUCAUGCCUGGUUCCCCUAAUGAGAUCCUACAAGUUCUGGAUGGGACCACUGGUUUAAACAUGCUUCCCCAAGCAAGAGAAUUCAAUGAAAUUGUUGGGAUAACUGGUUUGAUUUUGACAAAACUCGAUGGUUCUGCUAGAGGUGGCUGUGUGGUUAGUGUGGUAAAUGAGCUUGGCAUUCCUGUAAAGUUUGUGGGAGUUGGUGAAAGUGUAGAAGACCUACAACCCUUUGAUGCAGAGGCUUUUGUGAAUGCCAUAUUUUCAUAGUCCUAGGGGUGGUGUGUCGUAGUUCCAUUCCCAAUGGAAGAGGUAGUGUAAAAUUAGCAGAAGAAAGAAAUCAGUGUAGGCUGGAGGCACAAUAAGUUACUUAAAAAUGCACCAGGAAACAAAGUGUAAGACUUGCAGCAUACUUAAUGUCCUAGGUGAUUACUGCUGUG